AAAUUAGCUCGUGUUAAUUUUGCUGCCCAGUGAAAAUAAACAUCAAGUAAACAUGCUAACAUAGAGGAAUGUGAUAGUUUCAGGCUAAUGUGGGCAAAAUAAUCUCAUCCUUUCAUUUCUGUCCCUUUUUCAGUAUCAGCUGUAAUGUUAUGUUAUUUUCAUAAAAUAACCGAAGGAGCAGCAGCAGCAGCAGCAGCAGCAGCAGCUCCCCUCCCCCCGCUUUGGCUUUUCAGUCCCCGGCUCCUCCUCGUCCUCCUCGGUCGACAGGAGCAAGGAGCUACCUCGCAGCAGGCUGGAGCGGCGUCCGCUUCCGUCGGCCACCAGGCUACAGCAGCUACUUCCACUUCUCCUUCUUUCCUUCAUCUUGUCCAACAAAUUGAACGAGCGCUGACAAGCUAGCUGCACGGCUCUCAUCGUCCCCAAACUCUUCUGUUUUUUUUCCCGCCUCCUCCCCCGACAAAACUCUUGACGUCUAUGGUCGCUUUUGCGUUGAGUGGCCUUUCGUGUGAGCGUGUAGUUUGAAGCAACUUGCUGGGAAUUGCGUUGUUUUUCCUUAGUAUGUAGGUCAGUGUCGCCGAGCGAUGCAAGGAUGUGGGUCAUCGCCGCUUAGCCUCCUUGCCAGUCCCGAUAGCUGCUUAACAACACAGCCAACUGUUAUUUUUUUGUAUUUUUUUUUUUCCACGGUUAACUGUUAGCUCAUAUUAACCCAGCUAAGUGUUAGCUCCUUAGCAACACGGCUAACUUAUCUUUUUAAAUUGUGUUUUACAGCUAGCUGUUAGCGCCUUUGCAACACAGUUAACUGUGAACUCCUACUUCCACGGCUACGUGUUAGCUCCUACCCGAUAACAAAUUGACUUUUGAGUAUCAUACUCGUUAAAAAAAAAAAAAUAUAUAUAUAUAUAUCUACUUUUUUUUUCCGCCUUUGGACUCUGCCGCUCUCUAGUAUUAGUGGGCUAGCAUUUAGCUCGCUUCAUUCCGAGGCGUCCGUCGACUGAAGUGUUUCUUUUCGUUAUCAUCAAACGCACUUUGAACUUUUUUUCGCGUGUUUAAAUGUAAGGCGCGUCCACGGCGGCGCCUUGGCGGACGUGGCGGGUCAUGUCCAGCUUGCAGCCGCGGCGACUUCGCGUCUAGCCGGCCAGCAGGAGGACCGCCGGGCUCCGAGGAUGGCCUUUCACGGCGCGGGGCGCCAGACGCUUUGCGGCGACUUGUUCUCCGGUUCUGACUUGGCCCAUAAGUACUUCUACGUGAACUCGUCGUGCGGAGCCCCCUCGGCCGCCCUCAGCGCCACCCCAUGCGUCAGCGGGCCACCCGCGGCCCCUGCCGCCGGGACCCCCAGGCACCCCACCACCCUGGGAGGCAACGCGGGCGGUGGAGCCGCCGUGCCGCAGCCGUACAGCAACCCGGCCAGCGAGGUGCCCACCCCGGCCGAGAUGGAGCCCGACCGGCCCAUCGGAUACGGAGCCUUUGGCGUGGUCUGGUCGGUGACAGACCCUCGUGAUGGCCGCAAGGUGGCGCUGAAGAAGAUGCCCAACGUCUUCCAGAACCUGGUGUCAUGCAAGCGCGUCUUCCGGGAGCUACGCAUGCUGUGCUUCUUCAAACACGACAACGUGUUGUCGGCGUUGGACAUCUUACAGCCGCCGCAGAUCGAUUGUUUUGAGGAGAUAUACGUGAUUACAGAGCUGAUGCAGAGUGACCUUCACAAGGUCAUCGUGUCUCCUCAGCCACUCACCACCGACCACAUCAAGGUCUUCCUCUAUCAGAUCUUGCGAGGCCUCAAGUAUCUCCACUCUGCCGGGAUUCUGCACCGUGACAUCAAACCUGGCAACCUUCUGGUCAACAGCAACUGCCUGCUCAAGAUUUGUGACUUUGGGCUGGCCCGCGUGGAGGAGCCGGACCCGUCACGUCACAUGACCCAGGAGGUGGUGACGCAGUACUAUCGAGCGCCCGAGGUGCUGAUGGGCUGCCGCCACUACGGCUCGGCCAUCGAUGUGUGGUCGGUGGGCUGCAUCUUCGCUGAGCUUCUGGGACGCCGCAUCCUCUUCCAGGCGCAGAGUCCCAUCCAGCAGCUGGACCUGAUCACGGACCUGCUGGGGACGCCGCCGCUGUCCGCCCUGGCGUCUGCCUGCGAAGGCGCCCGGGCUCACAUCCUGCGAGGGCCGCACAAACCCCCGUCAUUGUCGGUGUUGUACAUGUUAUCGGAUGGCGCCACCCACGAAGCGGUGCACCUGCUGUGUCGCAUGCUGGUUUUCGAUCCGGCCAAGCGCAUCUCGGGCAGCGACGCGCUGUCACACCCGUACCUGGAUGAAGGCCGCCUGCGCUACCACACGUGCAUGUGCCAGUGCUGCUACUCUGUGCCCAGCGGGCGCGUCUACACUAGAGACUUCGAGCCAGCCGCCGAGCGUCCCUUUAGCCACAGCUACGAGAAUAGCCUGCUGUCCGUGUGGCAGGGCAAAGAGCUGAUCCAUCGCUUCAUCACGGAGCACCAGCAAGGCAAGCGCGUCCCGCUGUGCAUCAACCCUCAGAGCGCCGCCUUCAAGACCUUCAUCAGGUCGACUGCCUGGCACUCGUCCAAGGUUUCCCGCAAGGAGGAGAGAUGAGCGUCCUUUCCUUCUUCCUCCUCCUCCUCCUCCUCCCUUUCUGGCCACCUCAACCAACCUCGAUGUCCGCUUUUCCCGCACGCCAACAAAAAAGCGUGUGGUGGCGACAGGCUCCGCCCACUGCGAUAGGGGCGCCACAGGUGCUGAUGAUGGAAGGAAAAAAAAUCUGCUGCUGCUCAAAAGGAAAAAAAAAAAAAAAGUUUAGUGAGUAGAAAUGUUGAUUUUCGUUGGCUUUAGCAUUCCACACGCUCCCAUGUAGCAGAGUGUAGUGUAGCGCCCCCUCCUGGUGUCCACACACUCCUCGCACUCCUCACGCCUACUCUGCAGCAGAGCAUGCUGGGAAAUCUUUCAACUUCAUUCUUCCCUUGUCUUUUAUUUUUACGACAGGAAGCGGGGUGUGCGGUAACUCAACAGGUGUGUUUGUGUGUGUGUUUGUGUAAGUUAUUUGUAAGACUGGGCCCCAAUGAUGGCGUCGAACGCCACCUUCAGUGAUGCUCUGCCCACACCUGCCACUUCCACGGCAUUCCUCCGCUCUCACUUGUCUUAUCACUCGUUUUUCCUCUCUCGCCACUUCCUGCAAGUAUGGCAAGCCAUGUGAGCAUUGAUUUCUUACAUUUGAAUUCCAGCUUAAGGUUGAUGUACCAGUUCGCUCUUUGUCUUCUCCAGGAAGAAAAUUCAGGGCACUAGUAGACCAACUGUUUUACUAGUAAUGUUUUUUUCCACUGCUAGUGCCACUUUUGGCCUACUAGUACGAUCUUAAGCUUGAAUACUGAAGACAAUUGAGCAUUUAUUCAAUAUCAACUAUCUCCAGCUGAAGGGCCAUUUACUAGUUCACUCCUGGUCCUCACUAGUAGGACAAGUCUGGCAUAAUAAUAGGACAACUACAUGUGACUGGAGGCAAAACUGUACUAAUUGACAACUGCAUGCGACUAGCACUACUAGUGAAACGCUCGAUGUUGAAUAGUAGGGCCAGACUGAUUCAUCAGUUGGCCGAUUUGAGCCCUUUUCAAAAUAUUAAAUCAUCGGCUGGAGUUUUGCAAAUGAAACUCCAAUGUUGUCUAUAUUUCUACAUUUUUCCACCUCAAAAACAUCUUCCUUCUCCGGCCAUCACUCUCUAACACCAUCGCCGAAGAACUCAUCCAUGCCUUCGUCAUCGGCCGUCUGGUCGACUGCAAUUGGGUUCUGUUCGGUGUACCCAGCAAUACCGUGGAGAGACUUCAGUCUGUCCAGAACUCUGCUGCCAGGGUUCUCCCCCACACCAAGCCCUGGGAGCAAAUCACCCCAACGCUUAUUCACCUUCAUUUGAUCUCCUACAAACUCUUCCUCCCUCACCUACAAAUCCUCCCCACCCAGGCCCUCCAGUAUCUAUUGGACCUCCUCUACCAAUACGCUCUAUCUCAAGCAUGGGUCUGCUCACCAUCCCCCGCAUUAGCCAGAGCACCUUUAGGGACAAGGGCCUUCAGUGUUGCUGCCCCCACUCUCUGGAACUCUCUUCCCUCUGAGAUACGUGAUGACCCGACCCUGGACUCAUUUAAAACAGCCCUCAAAACCCACCUGUUUGCCUAGGCCUUGGGCCCAUAGUGUUGUUAGUGAGUCGGUCAUGUCUUUUGUUUUGUUUUUGUUGUUGUUGUUGUUGUUGUAUCAUCUGUAAAGCGUCUUUGGGUGUCCUGAAACGCGCUGUAUAAAUAUAAUUAUUUAUUUAUUAAUUUCUCAUGAAACAGUAAAUGCUGUUAAGUGUCAGUUUUGCGAAAUGCUGUCCUUGCGCGUUUGUUUACUAAAGGGAGCUCCGACUCCGUUCAAUCCACUAUCCAUCUUUCCUGAGAUAAUGACAUGAUUGUCCCAGUUGAAACACCGCCAACAACAAAAUCCAUCCAUCCAUUUUCUGUACCGCUUAUCCGCACUAGGGUCGCGGGCGUGCUGUAGCCUACGUCAGCUAUCUUCGCGCGAGAGGUGGGGUACGCCCUGACCCCGGUCGCCAGCCAAUCGCAGGGCACAUAGAAACAAACAAACAUUCAUUUAGAGACUUCAAUUAACCUAGCACACAUGUUUUUGGAAUGUGAGAGGAAACCGGAGUGCCAGCAGAAAACCCACGCAGGCACGGGGAGAACAUGCAAACUCCACACAGGCGGGGCUGGGAUUUGAACCCCAGUCCUCGGAACUGUGAGGCAGAUGUGCUAACCAGUCGCCCACCGUGCCUGGAUUAUCGUGUUACAUAAGCGCAUGAGCAUAAUGUUGCUUUUACAGAAACAUUUUCUGCUUCUCACCGUAAGCAAUAAGUGUAUGGGGAGAGAUGUCUCAAAAUUAUUUACAUUUUUUUAAAUCCACAAAUAUAUCUGCGAUUCACACGUUUUUCAAAUCCACAAGUAUAUCCGCAAUUCACAGUUUUUCAAAUGUAUUUGAAUGUGUGCAUUUAUCAUGACUUAUUUGUAAAUAUUCAAUUUUGUGAAUUGUUGGUGCGUUUGUGGAUCAGUGGCCACGCGCAGUUAUUUUUGAGACGUAACAGUUUCAACUUGAAAAAAAAUGUGGGAAUGUCCUCCCUCCAUCCGCUAGGCGGCAGUAUUGCGGUCUUCAUUGAGUGUGUGUGUGUGUAUAUAUGUAUAUGUGUAUGUAUCCAUCCAGCCAUCCAUUUUCUGAGCCGCUUAUCCUUACUAGGGUCGCGGGUGUGCUGGAUCCUAUCCCAGCUAUCAUUGGGCAGGAGGCGGGGUACACCCCGAACUGGUUGCCAGCCAAUCGCAGGGAACAUACAAACAAACAAACCAUUCGCGCUCACAUUCACACCUACGGGCAAUUUAGAGACCUCAAUUAACCUAGCAUGCAUGUUUUUGAGAUGUGGGAGGAAACCGGAGUGCCCGGAGAAAACCCACGCAGGGACGGGGAGAACAUGCUAACUCCACACAGGCGGGGCCGCACCGUGCCGCUCCAUGACUUUUUAUUUAUUUUUAUUUUUUUAAUUAAAAAAUGAGUAGUAUGAAUUAAGUUAUAAGCCCUCUGCUGCCAGGUUUGCAUUGCAAAGAAGUUAUUUUCCUUAUCUGGAUAAAUGAAUUCACCUAGCUCUUACGAGUUGGACAACGAGCGUACUAGUACAUGGACCUUAAGCUGGAUAUCAGUCGUAUGAAAUAAAUGCUCAAAUAGCUUUACAUAUGCAAGAAAAUGCCAGCAUGGUUCUUAUUCCUGUAGUGAUGUCAGACGAGAGUUUUGCGACCUUCCCGGAAAGUUCUGGAACGUUCCGUCUGCUUGCCCACGUAGACUUAAGCGGCUUAGAAAGACACGAUUAAGGAAGUUUUUCGGCAAGCUUUUGCUUUAAAAGAACCGCAAACGGUAGGACGGGUCCUCGGCGGUGUGUUUGAGGACACCCAUUAAGUCGCUGCUUCCUUGGUUCCUUCACCACUGCAGGAACUUUUGCCAGGAAUCUUCUGGGAUCUCAGGAAGUUUGACCGCCCGCUGAACCAGUGCCAACGUGUCACCUUCCCGUCACUCCUCCCUUCCUGUUUUCUUGAGUCCAACCCCCCUUGGCGAGCGUGUGACCUUUGUGUGAUGCGUUCACGUGCACACGUUUAUUGUGCACUCGCUGACUUGCUUGAACUUUGAAGCGAGUGGACACAAGCAGAAGGUUAAUGAACGUCAUCACAAAUGUUUCCUCUUUUCUCGUCCCUCUUUUGGUGAAUUUGAACCACUGGAAUCACUUUUUCCCCUCCCUGGCCACAAAGUCAACUUAUUAGGAACCGUGUGCAUAAAAGUGUGAGAAUAUUGCUGCCAUUCCAAAUGAAGUGAAAGUGUCAGGUUAUGUUUAAAAAAUAAAAUGGUGGAUAGUAGCUCCUUUUUUCAGAGCCCAAUACAUUACAGGGAGAAAAAAAUAAUAAUUGUGGCCAAACAUGGGCAUUAAAUGAAUUGUGACCACAAAAUAGAGUGGAGUAGUAAGUUUAGUGAACAUGCUGAUUGAAAAAAAAUAAACAAAACAAACGAAACAUUGGAUGAACUGAAUAUAAAUCAUUUAAAACAGAUAAAACUUAUUGAAUCCUAUCCCUAGAAUUUCACACAUUCUCUGUAACAAAAGUUUGUAGUCUCACGUUAGUUUCUGUCAUUAUAGAACAUGCGCUCAAAAUGCUAAUUUGUGGCCCCAAAAUAUGUGUGUGAAAUAUAAAAAUUUGGCCUGAAUAUACUCAUUUGUGGCCAUGAAAUGCAAACAUUUGGCCACAGUAAACUUAUUUGUGCCCACAAUAUUGGCAUAACGUGCACAAAAAAUACAACAUUUUGGCCACGAUAUGCUUUAUUAUGACCACAAAACACAUGUGUGCACAAAAUACUAAUUUGUGACCAUUAAAUACUAAACUUGGCCCACAAAAAAUAUAUCAUUUGCACCAAAAAAAUGACUAAACAGCAGCCAAUUCUGGAACGAAUAGCCUUUGUUCGAUGAAAAGGGGCAUUUUGAGUUCCAACCCGACACUAUAUUCUGUCCAUUAAAUUCGAAGUCUGUCGUUUCUGGGUCUGAUAAAUUCAAGUUCCACUGUGCUAAUUUUGUGGCCCAAAAAAUAUGAUGCGCGCACAAAAUACUAAUUUGUGACCCCGAGACACUAAAAAUAGUUAUACAUAUUUGCGUGUUCACUGUGCUUCCCCUGAGCAGCUUGGACGUCCGGGUAACCAAAUGUCACGCACCUCAAUAUUAUUAAUCACAUUAUACCUCAUCCAUUUACCAUGCACACAGAAUAAGAAUCAUCUUUAUUUGCCAAGUCUUGUCAAAAACGCACAAGGGAUUUGUCUCCACUAGUUGGAGCCGCUCUAGUAUGACAACAGACAGUCAAUUGACAGAGAAUACUUUUGAGACAUAAAGACAUAGAAAAAACACAGUCACUGACCAAUAAAAGGUUACCAGUAAUGUGGUAAUUCCGGUAGAAUCCCCCCCCCCCCCCUUGACAAUUGUUGCAAAAAAGAAUGUGAAUUUGUGACCACAAAAUACUAAAUUGUGGCCACAAAUGAGCAUUUUGUGUGCAUGUUAUAUUUUGUGGCCACAAUUGAAUUAUGCUCCCAAACAUGUCUGCGGCUGUGUACCUUUUGAAGUAAUUAAGUGUAUUUUUAGCUGGUUAGUGUUAGUUUGUUGACAGAAGGCAAAGCGACUCACCAAGGAACAUCGUGGAAGUUUUUUUCGCUUUCCCGGCCCCCAAUGGAUCGUCUCCUGCGGCCGGUCGCCUCUCUCGGCCGACUCUCGCGGUCCUUUAGCGAUUAGCCUGGUUUGCUGGUAUUGAUUCAAUAUGAUGCUCUGUUUGAAAAUGUGUUUUAGCUUACUUGUUUUUCUUGUUUUGACAAAUACUUGAAGUUAUCGUAGAGAGUGAUGAUCAAUAAAAAUGACACUGGAAUAUGA